CACAAUUGCAACCACAAUUGCAACUGCAAGCACAAUCGCAACCACAGCCGCAACCACAAUUGCAAUUACAAGUAUAAUCGCAACCACAACUGCAAGUACAAUCGCAACCACAACCGCAAGCACAAUUGCAGCUACAACAACCGCAGGUACAACCGCAACAGCAAGUGCAAACGCAAUUGCAAGCACAAUUGCAAAUGCAAGCGCAAAUACAAUCACAUUUAGUUCAACCACAAACGCAAAUUUUUUAAAAAAGUUUGAAAUACAAAGAGUUUUAGUGAAGCACCUAACAGAAUUAACAGAUGAAGAAUUUGGAGUAUGUAGAAUAGAUACCGUUGGUGCAUGA